ACACAACCCUAGAAUCGGUUUUACAACUUUCAGACGAGGAAGACGAAGGCAAGGCAAGGCAGUUUGCUGGUGACGUCUAGCCCCUUCUGCAGGCGAAGGCGUGGUUCUGACCAACCUGAACUUUUGGCAGGAAGGGCAUCUGACCACUCAGUCUGAGGGGCUCCAAUGGCGGCAACCGCCCUGUCGCCCUCCCUGCGGCUGUCGGCCCACUCGUUUGCAUCGUGCUCUGGACGCGCCGAGAGCCGGCCCAGUUCGCAGCCAUGCGGGGCGUUCACACCUGCAAGGUUGUCAAACAGAAGUAGCAUAUUGUCCGUCUCAGGGCAGCAGGUAAUCGCAGGCAGGGGUGUCGUUACCAAGAGACGGGAAAAUGGCUCCGGUGUCAGGGCGGCCUUUCCAGGGCUAGGGGAUGACUAUCUUAUCCCAGGGGAGUAUGACAUCAGCAGCAUUCCAAGCGAGUUCCGGAGGGAGAACUUGCCAGAAGAGUUGAAGCAGAACUACUCAAACGUGCCUUCCUCCAUGUUUGGCUUGACCACCUCCCAGAUGGAUAUGUUCAUUGACGAGGACAGUGCAAUCUCGCGGACAAAGACUGACCCAAGCAAGCUGAGGGCCAGCGCGUACUACAAAACAGGGGGAGCGUGGAGCCCCGAAAUGGCAGCGGGGGGGGUGGUGAGGCCAAAGGCUAACAUGGGGCUGUCUACCAACAUGUACCGUGGCGGGGGGGGCUACGGAAGGCCCAAGACUGCGCCCCCCGAUCUGCCGUCGCUCCUGCUGGGGGCUAGGAUUUGCUACUUGGGGAUGCCGAUCGUGCCUGCUGUGACGGAGCUGAUUGUCGCAGAGCUGCUGUGGCUCAACUACGACAGCAAAGACAAGCCGAUCUACUUUUACAUCAACUCCCCCGGGACGCAGAACGAGCAGAAGGAGAGCAUUGGCUUCGAGACCGAGGCAUAUGCAAUCGCCGAUACGCUGCUGUAUGUGAAGCCCAAGAUUCACACGCUGGUGAUUGGGCACGCGUUUGGGCAGGCGGCCAUGCUGCUCUCGCUGGGCACCAAGGGCCACCGCUUCGCGCUGCCCAACUCGCGCAUGAAGAUCUACUCGCCCAAGGUCAACCGCUCCAGCGGGUCCGCCAUUGACAUGUGGAUCAAGGCCAAAGAGCUGGAGGCCAAUACUAAGUACUACACGCGUCUGCUCGCGUUCGGCACCGGGAAGAAGCCGGAGGAGGUGCGGGAAGACAUCAAGCGCAUCAAGUACUUUGACGCCAAAGAGGCCAUCGAGUAUGGUCUGGUAGACAAGGUGGUGGAAGACAGCAAGCUCCAGGCUGAGAAAAGGGAUUACGAUCAGAUGAUGCUGGAGGGUAAGAAGAUGCGUGGGGAGGUCGUCAAGCCGGGUCAGUCGAGCGGGCUGGUAAAGGCCAAGCCUUCUGGUCCCCGGCCUUCUCCGGCCGUUCGGUAGGAAUGCACAGAUUGUGCCGUAAUUCGAUGUUGGAUACCAAGAUCAUGACUGGAAGGUACUGGACAAACGCUCCCAGAUCCUAGCCACAGCAUAAGCAAGCGGAUCUCAGUGGUUGAUAGAGAGCUUGCUCGACUUUCUGCUGACAACGCUGUACAUUACAAUUCUAUCGUGCAUUCCGAUUCUAUGCAUGGUCCUUUCAAAAUAG